AUGAACAUCUCUUUGGUUAUAUGCGAAAAAGUAGAAAAAUCAGAUAUUGCAACAAUCGAUAAAAAAAAAUAUUUAGUUCCAGCAGAUUUAACAGUUGGACAAUUUGUUUAUGUGAUUCGUAAACGUAUCAAGUUGAGCCCGGAGAAGGCAAUUUUUAUUUUUGUUGAUGAAGUUCUUCCACCAACAGCUGCACUUAUGUCAAGUAUUUAUGAAGAACAUAAAGAUGAUGAUGGAUUCUUAUAUAUAACUCCUUUUACCAAUACUACUAACACAACAAGAACUAACAAUACAUCGGCCGCUUCUAACAGAAAUAAAUACUCUAAAGGUGCAAACUAUUACUCGACUGAUGCAGUGACGGAGGAAGUGAUUAGUGACCAUCAUCGUCAUCGUAACUCUGAAUUAACAAUAAAAUAUGAAGAAAAUAACCAAAUAGUAACUCCCGUUGAUAGCCAAAGCGAAGAAGGUGGUAAUAGUCCUCCACCAUCUACUGUUUCAUCAAAAACGUCAUAUACUUGUAACAAUUGUGGUAAAAACUAUAAACAUAGAAAUUGUUUGGUUAAGCACUUAUGGGAACAUCAUGAAAGUUGGGAUCUUUGUCUCAAAUUUAACUUGACGAAACAUCAACAAGUUCAAAUGAUGGAGUUUGCACCUUUAGAGUAUUUAUUUCUGUUAGAAGCGGCCGAUGUAUUGUUAGUUCUUGUUGUUGAUAAUAAAUCCAUUGGAAGGCCUGGAUCUUCUGUAUGGAAUCACUUUACAAAAGGCGAAGGAAAAAGUAAAGGAAAGCAUACAGCUACAUGUUUAUUUUGUAAUAAAUAUUAUCCAAGAGGUACUCCAAAUGAAUUAGAGUCUCAUUUAGUAACUACAUGUAUUCAAGUUCCUUCUUCACUAAAAGAACAUUAUUUAAGAGUUAUAUCAAACAAAGAUUGUGAUUCAAGUGAUAAGAAAAGAAAAAUAGAGUCAAAUCAACGUAAAUUAACACAAUAUCAUAAAUAUUUAAAUCAUGAUAAAAUACGUGAAUUGAUGUUGUUUGCAAUUGAAUUGUGGGCAGAUAUGGGUCAUGGAAAACAAACUUCAACAAGGCUUGUAAGUCAAAUACAUUUAUAUCGUGAAAAAAAACCACCCUAUGACCUUCCAUAUGAUAAUGCAAUUUCAUCAUAUACAUGGUGGAAUUUACUAUCAAAAUCAGCUGAAAAAUUAUUAGAAAAUGAAGAUAAUGAAGAAAUUGAGAUUGGAAAUGAUGAAAAUAAUGAAGAAAUCGAAGUUGAUGAUGUUGAAAGAAAUAAUUGA